UGCGUGUGUAAGUCUGGGUACCAAAUGAAGCCGGACAACAGCAGCUGCUUGGACAUUGACGAGUGCUCGCAGGCCAACGCCUGUUCUGCGGACGCCACCUGCGCCAACACGGACGGAAGCUACACGUGCAGCUGUAACGAGGGAUUCACAGGCAAUGGGAUCGUCUGCGAGCGCAUGGAGGUCUGCCUCUACGUCCCCGGAGUACAGAGCUGCUCCUGCAGGCCGGGCAUGGUCACAAGUGGCAACGCCUGCGUGGACAUUGACGAGUGCAAGAACAAGACCGCGUGCUGGCCCAACGCGCAGUGCCAGAACACCUUCGGCAGCUUCACCUGCUUCUGCAAUGAGAACUACACAGCCGUCGGGCAGUCAUGCAAGCCGGCGUGCAGGAGCGUGCCGUGCCCCAGUGACCCGUGCGUUAACGGCGGGGCGUGCUACGUGGACGGCGUGGAUGGAGGCUGCAGCGCGGCAAAGUGCUCGUGCACGCCGGUCACCCAAGGCGACAAGUGUCAGUUCGGGACCCUCACCGUCCCAGUCUCUCGCAAGCCAGGAGCUGCAAAGGUGAAAUACGCUCUGAAACUAUGGUUCAUUUCCAAGAAAUACAAUAGCAUUACAGAAGCUGUCAAAGCUGAGCUGACGAAUGCGGUCAUUAACAAACUGAAAAUAAUAUCCGGGUUCAACGCAGUAUCUCUUGAAAACUUCAGCUCUACCGGGAACUCCACAAUUAAAUCGAACUGCAUGGCCAACUUUGACUACCCACUCGACAGCAGCAUCCAUGCCAUCUACAAUGGGACCCAGCUGGCCCUCAUCAGGUCCAAGUUUGUGUUGAUGCGAUACUUGGGGAACAUUCUUCUGGAAGACAUUCAGCAGACAGUCGUUCCGCAAAACCAACUGGACCAGGUGUACAACUGUAACACCACAUUCACGGGCUACACGCUGAGCCUGCCGGAAACCAGCGGCCCUGUCUGCCUGUCCCCGUGUGCCAACGAGAACCACUGCAACAAAAACGGAGAAUGCCAGCACCUCCAGACGGGCGCCGUGUGUGUGUGUAACAACAAAGGCAUUUACCAGACGACGGGAAGCCGGUGCGAAGAGGUGACGCUCAUCUCGCGAGUGUUCUUCGCCAUCCUCUUUGGCACACUGGGUGGCAUCCUGCUACUGCUGCUGCUCGCAGGCCUGCUUGGCUACAUGCUGUACCGCCGCAAGAAGGCCUGGGACCGCUUCAGCGACACGGGCAGCCUUGGGACGAAUCGCUCGCGGUUCCCAAGUUUCUCAAGGAAAGGCUCGUACAUCCCCUGGAUAACCACAAUGCCGGAGAGCACGAUUUUGAGCGAUGCUUCAGGAAUCAAGACGCUGUCCUAUCGUGAAAACAGCAAGCCCGACCCUCACAAGGAGGUGCGUCUGCCAAGAGCGACAGCAUUUGACAACCCGGCGAUGAGCCAGUACGAGUAGCGAUCUGUGUAAGGCCCACAAGACGCCGACAUGUGGACUGCCCCACAGGAAAAGCACGUCCAACACGGUGUAUGCGGGUCAUGGUGCGUUACGUAUGAUAACCGAGAACUGUAACACGACGAUCACAUGCCAUGAAUCACUCACAAGUUGUGGUGUUCCAUUUACGCGCAGAAAACUAAAUGGCCCGUAGCAUUGUAACCCGUUUCCACAUGGAGUCGGACUUUGAUUCCAUACAAAAAAUUCGAAUGUAGGGAAUCCCAGGCCUGCCCAUGAAGAAAAACCGGCCCAGAGAUUUCGGGCUCCAGCCUAAAUUGCCAGCCAAAUUCAAGUUGAAUAUGAACGUGGAAACGGGGAGGGGCUUCUUUGGGGGGGGGGGGUGGCAACUGAAGUGCCUACUCAAGUCUGUGCAAUUCUUAAUCUUAAGUUAACAAAACCACUUUGUAGACGUCCAUGUUACAGUGCUUAGAUUAACAUUUUCGAAUCAUGACCAUGACAUGAGUUGAUGUACAAUAUGAAUGUUACAUAUUGAACCAGGUAUACAUAUUUUUGGAAUGUGUAACUAACGCGGCUACAUCGCAAGAGGCACGUCGAGGCUCCAGGCUAAAGUCCGACGGAGCUUUCACUUCCCAUGUGAUGAUGCACGCAGGUGGUGAAUCACCGAGACACUCAAAUGCAUUGGUUUCAUUAUCAGUUCCGUCUCACACAGAUACCAAUAGACUCACAAAUUGAACCACUCACACAGUUAAGUUUUUGCUCUGGAGACCAGGAGAUCGUUGAUCGAUGUUCGGUCGCCGGGGUGAUGAUGCCAUUAAGUCUUAAUAUCUCACUUCCACUCCACUCACAUGGGACCCUGAUUCUCACACAGACGCACAUAGACUUACACACAGACCCAGAUUAUCUUACAGAUACACUUGAACUCGCAUGGAGAUCCAGAAACGUGCAAGAUAUGCAUUAAGGAACUGCAAUUAUUUCGCAAUGCCUUUGUGUUCUAAUUAUCGAAAGACUCCACCUCCACUGCUCCACGUGUCGGGCGGCAGGAUGGCGCAGUGGCAACACUUGCACCUCACAGCAAGAGGAGCCUCGGUUCGCAUUACGACUUUAGCGCCGGUCUGCAUAUGGGAUUUGUAUAUUCUCACCCUUUGCCUGCACGAGUUUCUAAAAACGUACAAUGCAACUGGUAUUAACCAAACAUACCGUUUCUGAAAAAUUACUUACAAAUCACUCAAUUGUGAUAACAACAUUGCCUCCUCAAUCUGGAGCCUCGUGGCAGCCACUGCUGUGUGAUUCACAUCGCAUGUGAAUGUGAUUCUAGAGGAGUGUAGACACGUGCUGAGCCCGUGCCGUGGCUGAUGAGCCACUUGGCGAGUGUUCACACACAACACAUGCUUAUAAUACCGUAAUUAAUGCAUGUAUUUCUGCAAGGCACAUGGGAUUUAUAGUGAAACUUCGAGCUGAAGAAAUAUUAAAUAAUGUGUCUUGUUUUUAAAAACAUGUGCAUUGAGUAAAAACAUAUAUCUGUUUUCUGGAAGGGACGUUUUGUUCUUGCCAUGGUUACAUGUUUUGACCUCAGACUAUAUAUGUGAACAUUCGUACAGUUACUGUGUAUUAGACUGAAACAAAUCCCACUGAAACUAAAUUGGCAAUAGAGUGACCAUCGUUUUAUGAGGAACUGGAAUGUUUACACGGAAAAUGUUGUUUUGUUGAAAUGUUAUUUUAUUAUGGAGAGGAACAAUUAAAAUAACUUUAAUAAUGACAGUACAUCGAACAAAGACAGUUUAAUAAAAAUAUAAACAAUAUUCAAAUAAAUCACAUUUUUAAAAUUACACACUUACGCCACAGUUAUCUAAAGUGAGAAAUGAAGAGGAAUGUAGCCAAAUAAAACAGGAUGAACGUUUGAGAAACAUUUGAGUUUACAUGUUGAGGCAUUGUUGAACAGUAUAAGUGACUUAUUCAUAUUUCUUCAUUGUUUUAAAAGAAUGGUUAAAAUCCCCUACAGUACAAGCAGAAAUAAAUUAUUUGACAUUAAA